UUAUAGUUUCCCAGAAGUAAAGAUAAGCUAUGCUGAGGAGGGGACCCAGGAGUCACUUGCAGCCCAGAGUCUUAUCUCUUUAAUGGAUGACAAUGAAGUUCAAGCACCUUUAGGGCCCACAGGGAAUGAAAAAGACGGGGAGCAGGAUUCAGACAGCGAUGCUGCAGAGGCUGACCCUGGAUCCAGGUCAGACAGUUUGGAAGGCAUCCCUGAGAUGGUUGAGGCAGAGAGCAAUACCUCUUUGAUGGGAAACGAGGAAGAUAACGAAGAAGAUAAGGAAGCCCCCUUAGGAGCCGCAGGGAAAGAAACAGACGGGGAGAAGGAUUAUGAUGAAGCACCACCAGCAGGAGCCACAGAGGAAGAAAAAGAUGGGGAGAAGAUGAAUAAGGAAGGCCCAGUCAAUUCACAGGAGUCAGACAGCGAAACCUGUCCCAUGGAGGCUAACAGUAAUCCUGGCCAUGGUUCAGACAGAACCCCAGAACCUCAGGGGACCUUUGAUGAGGAGCGUAGUAAUCAGGUGUUUGACGUGGACAAACUUAACUCUUUGUCGACAAAUGAGGACUUGCACUGUCUGUGCAAAAAGUUUCCCCGUUUCUCCCUAGGAGUGAAGAACUACACAGCUAACAUAAUUGCGAGUAGGCAUUUAGGGCUCAUGAUAGAGCAUUUCUUGCACUCACCUGAAACGGUCUGCACUGAGCUCAUGUAUGCGGUGUUGGCUUCAUCCCACUGCAACUUAGAUAUCUCUUUAGCUUGCUUCAUGAAGCAAGUGAAUGGAGGCUGGCUGAUGCAGGAGAGUGAGGAAAAGCUUUUGGCCAAGGUGAAGGCGAUUAGAGGGAUUGAGGCUAUCGUGAGACACCUCAGUGAUACCGAGAGUCUAAAUGCUUGGCUUCCAUAUCACUUCACUACGCUGGCGAACGUUUUGGUCAGCCAUUUUCAGCCCAAGAAGGAGGGGACCACCAGGAAAUUCAAAACGUACUUGGUCCCAGGGGAAGUCAUUGAUAUCUUUGCAAUCCUACUUCAGAGGCUAAACUUAGUGUACCAGAUCAAUUCCAAGUUCUGCCCCAGAUGAGCGCCCUGCCUUCCAUCGCGGACCGAAAGAGCGUCGCUUCCAUCUGCGCCGUGGCUCCGCCCAAAGGACCCAAUCCACAGCCUGCAAGAGCCCUACUAUGUCUGCCGAGGUUUGAGAGGCCACCUCCUUCCUUCCUUAGAACUGCCUCCGGUGAAGACAAGGAUGCCGUCUGCCACUCGGACUUUGGGUGCGGACAUUUCCCGAUUCGGGGUGGGACAAUUCCAUCGGUUCCCUCCAGGGUUAAAAUGUCCCAUCCAGGUUGAGCUGCCUGUCCCGGGUUCCAGUAAUGGGACACAGCUCUGCAACAAUGAGAAAGAAGAGGUGAGCGCUAGCACCCAAAGCCAGGUCUGGAUGGAGCGCUGGGGCUUCAACUCCCAGAGUCCAGCCAGGUGCUUUGAGUGCUGGCUGGGUUCAAAUCCUUGCUCUGCCAAGAAAGCCAGAAGGAGGGAAGGAGGAAGAGAGGACUACAUCUCCCAGCAGCCCCUGCCCACCAUCAACUUCCUACCACUGCUGGUCAGUCGGCGAGGCUCCCCAAAGUGCCUGCUUCCUCC